UCACCGCGGGUCCUUUCCCUUUUCCUUUCGGUCCUGUGGCGGCGUUGUAGGGUUAGGGGAGGGCAAAAUCGCGCCGGCGGCGGGGGAGAGCUUCGGGUGGCGGGGCCGGCCGACGCCACCGUGCCCCCGGCGUGCUCCUGCCGGGCCGCAGCACUCCGCCUGCAUUGCCUCUGCUCUCUACGGGUUCGCCGGUGCCGACGUCAUGCUGAUUGCCGGCCUGCGCUUUCCUUGCCUCCGCUGUUCCCUCUCCGACCGUUAGUUGCUUUCCUGGGGUCUCCGAGGUGGGUUCGUGCUGCUGCCUGGACUGCUUCCGCGAGGCAAGCUCGUGCUGCUGCCUGUGCUGCUUCCACUACUUCCACUGCAGGAUGGCGUGCAUUCCAUUGAAGAGGGUCUGCCCAGACCAUUCCCGCUGGAAAGUCAAUGUCAGAGCAGUUAGGUUCUAUGAAAAGUUCACAAAUGACCAGCCACCGAAGCUGUCCAGAUUUGAAUUCAUCAUGUUGGAUGAGGAGAAUGUGGCCAUGGAGGCUACCAUCCCAGCAAAAUGGAUUGAUGAGCAAAGGCCCAAGCUUAUAGAAGGCAGGUUGUACACCAUACAAUACUUUGAGGUUUGCAAUGCAAGAGGAAUGUAUCGUCCUGUUGAUCACCCAUAUAUGGCUCGCUUCACCAAACACACCAGGAUCAAUGAGGUCAGCGCAGUGCCUCCAAAAUCUCCGAUGUAUGCAUGCUCCAUCACACCAUUUCCUGUGCUCCGUGCUAGAGUGGGUAACAGAGAACAGAUGUCAGAUGCUAUAGGCCUUUUUACCAAGUGCUCACGCAUGACAAAGCAAUCAACAAGACAUGGAGUCCAGUCAUUAGUCAAUGUACACAUUACCGAUGGCAGAGAGAUUCGACGCACAGUCGCUCAUGGAAAUGAGCAAGAGUAGUCCUGUGGUGCUUCUUUUUCUUGGUGUCACUUCAAACACUUUCGAUGGUCACCUCACGCUUCAGUGCUCCGCAACCUACAUGUGGUAUGUGAAUCUUGAGCUGCCAGAAACAGCGCUGCUGCAUCAGAGUUUUGGAAGUGCUGUUGGGCAGGCAUAUUGGAUAGGUGAGGAGCAUCACAAUCAGCCUCAGAUUACAACUGUCGCUGAACUUUCAGCCAUCGAAAAUCCGCAUGAGGCAGAGGGCAACAAAUACAAAGUCACAGCAAGGAUUAAGGAAUUAGUCCCAAACCAGCAGUGGUGGUAUUUGGCCUGCAACAAAUGCAAGAGAACCACAAGGCCGAAUGGAGAUAGCUAUAGAUGCUAUGACUCCACAUGCAUUGGCACAGACGCCAUUCCAAGGUACAAAAUUCCUUUCCUUGCAAUUGAUCCCGAGGCUGCUGCAGGGAUUGAAGAGAAGACAAUUGAAAUGAUCUGUUUCGGAGCAGUUGCGGAUGAGAUGGUUGGACUAACAGCUGACAACCUUGUGAGUCUUUCCACAGAUGUUCAAGGAUAUAUUCCUGAACAGAUCAAAAGAAUGUAUGGUGCCAGAUAUGACUUCGACCUGAGUGUGCCGAGAGGUGCUGUUCGAUUUGGAAAAACAACUUUCAGAAUUGAUUCUUUCACAAGAAUUGCUGAGCUUGAAGAGCAAGCGACUGCUGAAGUGCCACCGCCAGUUGCUACCACGACCGCUUCUGAAGUAAUCAAGCCACAUGCUGUGUCUGUGCACUCCAGUCAAUCUGAUCUAGCAACCAGGAAUGCCUCUACACCUGUUAAGGAUGCUCUGGACAGGCCCGCACUGCAGACACCCAUCACGCCCGCCCUUCCCAAGGAAAAGCGUCCCAUUGCUGUAACCAACACAGAAGCGGGGCUUGAGGACAGUGACUGUGAGACCAGAUCGAGGGCGAUGGUGGCAUUGGAAAAAAAGAUGCUCGCCUCCAGGCAGCCGUCGAAGAUUCGGUCGGCCAUGGCAUUCUUGGGAUCAGGCCAGGCAAACGCGAUGUGGACAACUCGGGCGGCUCCACGGCACACACUGAAGCUUUCUUGCAUGCCCCUGUUCUGAUCAAGACAGAGAUGGAACAGGCAGUAGCUUUUCCAAACCCAAGGCGUGGCCCAGGAGCAGAUCUGUUCGGGAAUGUUUCAGGCUUCACCGUCAGCAAUGCCAUGCUCAGCUCUCUCUUCUUUCCUGAAGCUGUCAAAAAAGAAACGGAUCGUUUGUGCUGGAGCAAUGAAAAAUCCCCUCUUGAUCUCUCUGAUGACUCUCUCCUGACUUCACCGGUCCUUAUAGAGCCUAAGAUGCACAGCGGUGUUCGGGUCUCUCGACGCCUCAUCCUCAGCCAGGUUAUGGAUGGUCUCAAACUGAAAGUGCACAGCUCGGGAUAUGACUCUACCUUGCAGGGCCUCAACAUGGAAACAGCCUGGAUGCAUGUAGAUCUGCCAUGUGGAAACAAGCCUGGACCAGAUUCAACCACUGUCAUCUUUGGUAGUCCACAACCCUCUCAAAGUGAAGCUGAUGAAAGUGCAUGCCAAGCAGUCCUCAGUUACUACUGCAAUGCUA